CCUGAAGACCUUGUUUUGAACUUGGUCAUUUUCUGAUAGUCUGCACUUGUUUAGACUUGUUACGUGAAUAGAAUUUUUGUAUGCUCUUUUGCCACUAUUGUGAAAUCUGGGGAGUUGCAGAGACUUUUGUUAUUGAUCCUGUUAGUCUUUACAGCAUAGCUGGUGGAGAAUUUGCUCUGUUUGUCACAUGACCAGUGGAGGAUGGGCAAACCUUUUACUUUGUAAGAGAUUCAAGGCUAUUUUAGCAAGUGUUGUGUGUUUUCUAGAUGCGUUUUAGGAGUUGGAUAAUUUGGUAAUUCCGUGCUCCUUACCUUCUGAAAGUCUUGUAGUGAAAUUUCAUUUCUUUCCAUUUGGUGCCUCAUGCUCUUUUCAUGUGGCUCAUUUUUCUAUAUUGGUUAAUCAAGAACAGUGAUCUUUCAAUUGAAAUUGUCAUCUUUUUGUGAAGAUUGGCAAGCUAUCAUAAAGUCAAACUCUCUAUUGUUGCCAAUCUCUACAUUCUUGAUAUCUGGAAAUUGCUUGAAACUCUUGAAAUCCAUCUUGAAUCUUUCUUGAGAUUGCUUUAUACUUGUUCUUGAAACUGAAAUCCAGAAAUGGAUAAUGAUUAUUGAAAUCCUCAUUAUCUGGAUACUUGUUUGAAAUUAAUUCUUGCACUGUUCUUGAAAUCUAUUUUGAGCUGACCUUGAAAAACCAUUCUUGUUCUGACACUGGUUCUCGCUCAAAUUUUGUAUACUGUUCUUGCUCAAAUCUUGCAUAUUCUGCUCGUUCUUGUUUCAGUAUACCUGUUGAUCUUCUUGAUUCUUGGUUUUUGUUCAUAUGAACAACUCUUUAGGAGGGGUGACGAUUAUCAGAAAAUACCUAUAUGAGGUAUUCUAAAUUCUUGUCUCUUAUAAGUGUUAAGCUCUGUAUCCUUGAUGUCUUAGCUUUGACUUGACUCUAGGAUGACUUGAUUGUAAAUCUGCUUAGCCUCGCCUCCAUGAGCUACGAGGUAAAGGGGUAACCUUUGAAGUACUUGACACCCUAGAGUUUUGUUCCAAGUGAAAUGGUUCUUUGAUCUGGCUGCUUGGAUUUUUGUUUGCCCUUUUAAUUGGAAGACAGUAAUCUUCUAAGCAUCUUGAUCCCAGCCAUUGCUUUGUUCUGUUAAUUAAUUCUAGUACUUGAG